UGAAAACAUGAAAGUUGCCUUUCUUUCAAUAUACAGUGAACAAAGCGUAGAAAAAUUGGAAUAAACAUUGUAAUCCACCGUUUCCCUCUGAGCUUGUCCGUUUUAGCGAUUGAUACAACAGGAAAUAUUAAAGAUGGAUAAGUUUUCAGACAGCAAUGAAUCUCAGAUGAAUAAAGAAAAACUUCUUGCACUGAAAGAUGAAUAUCAUCGUCUCACGUACGAAAUGCGAAAAAAGGAAUUAACUCGAAGCUCUCAACAUUUCAAACACCAACAGCAAAUACGAACACAAUGGGCUAAAAUUGCUGAAUUGAAGAAACAAAAAUCUGAGCUAAUUCUGCAGUUACGCCUUUUGGAGUCUGAUAGCUUUACAAAUAAAGGCAAUAAAUUUUUAGAUAAUUUUAAUAAAUCAUUGCAAGAUCUUCUAAAAUUGGAGGAGAAAGUCAAGAAAGAGACACAGGAACUGAAAAAGUGCAAAAAUGAGAUAAUUGAGUAUGACAAGAAAAUCCGGCACAAGCAGAAGGAAAUAGUCAGAGUCAACAGAAGCAAAGACAGGAUCCUGAAAUAUCACAAUAACAUAUCGUUUCUGGAAUAUCGUUUGAAUAGCAGUCUCAAUAAAUACAGCCAAUUAAUGAUUGCCAACAGUUCUUUAAGGGAUGACAUUAGCUCACUUCUCCUAACUCAGAUCUCAUUUCGCAAAAAAAUUAGCAACAUCAAGCAUCUGUUAUCAUUAGGUAAAAAGUCGUUAUCUGAAGUCAUUCAUUCUGCUACAGUGUCUUAUCAAACAGGAGAGUCAGUAAAAUAUAAAUUGAAUAUAAUAAAAGAAAGAACACAAGUAGAUCAAAAGAAACUUGAAGAGAAAAUAAAAGAAUUACAGCUUUUAGUGGACCAGGAUAAACAGCUAAAAGACUUCUUGGAUUUCAAAACCAAAGAUAGAUAUGGGUCCAGGGAAAGUGAAGAGCAAGAGCGCAAGAAUGAAAAACUUUUAGAGCAGAGACUUCACAACUAUCAAGAAAUCCUUUUGCAAAUUCAGACAGUAUCAGGUUGCAAAGAUGUAAAUCGGAUUUGCAAGACAUACAUACAGGAAGAGGAGAACAAUCUUAAGCUGUUUGAGAAGGUCAAUGACUUAAAUCUUGAGAUAGAAAAGCUUUAUAAAGAAGUUAGAGCUCAAAGGGAUGAACUGGAAAUCAUUACUAGACAAUAUAAGGAACAAAAAAGAAAAGAUUUAGCUCUUAAAAAUGACAUAGAGGAUUCUACUGAUGCUUUGCAGCGAGAAGCACAGCAUAUUGAAGAUAAAGCUGAUGAGAAAGCAGAUGAAUUGGAAUAUGUAAAAACUGUAUUACAAAGAAUUUAUGCAUUUUUAGAUGACAUAACUACACAAAAAGUUACUUUAGACACAGAGUUAAUAAUUACUGAUGACAAUAUUCUGGCUUAUAUAGAAUCUUUAGAAUGUCGAGUAACAGAUCUCAUACAUUAUCAUAGAUUUCUAAAGAAUCAGCAAAUGCACUUCGUAGAAGAUUAUGAUGAUGAAGAAUAAGACUUUUGAAAUUAUAAUAAAUGGAUUCUCAAUAAAAAAAUAAAUCGAAAUAU